AUGAAUACUAUCAAAAGAAAGGUUGUCAUGAUUACUAAUUAUUCAGUAGAAGCAAAGAGUGAGACAUCACCUAACUCUUCAUUAUGUUUUUUUCAAUUAAUUGAUACUGAUUCAUAUGACACCUUCUUUGAUGAGUAUCGCAUUCUAGAUGACUUUGAUAGUUUCACCAAUAGAGGUCAUAAUUAUACCUUGCACAAUUUCCCUGAGGCUUAUGAUAAGGAUUUAGUUCAAGCAGAAAAAGAUUUAGAUGAAGAAAAAUUUGAAAAUAAAGAAAAGGCAAUUGAUGAUAAGAUUGAGGCUCGAAUUAAAGAGUUAAGAACAACUGAACUGUCUGUUAUUAUUUAA